AUGGAUAGUACAAUUGAGAGCGAACAACAAGCAUACCAGCAAGCCAAUAGUGAAGAAAGGGGAACAUGGAGACGAAAAUCAAAGAUAAAUCACUUCUGGUCUUGGUUCAUGAAUGUCGGUUCUAAAAAGUUCCUUCACGUAUAUGGACGCAGCUACGAUGAGGAUUGUGAGGCAGAUCGUAAACUCGUUGUCGAACUUUGGAAUCUUGAUAAGGAAUCAUGGUCUACGGUGGAGCGGCAUGGAGGACGUAGCGCACUUCCACGCAAGGGUGGUUGGAAGCAAAUUUCUCCUGACUACGAGUUCGAAUGUCUUGUACAGCGAAAUCGCGCCACGAACUUUCGAACGAACGAUCUCUCUCCUCCUCGUGGAGCCUGUACAACCUAUUACCUGGUUGAUGAAAAUGCCAAUGACCGUGCACUGCAUUUCCUGGCUAGCACAGUUGGGACGGACCAACUUCAAAUACACGCCGAAAUUAUGGAUAAAAUGGUCGUGGCACAAGACUUUAUAUCUGCUCUUGCCUGGUUGUACUAUCGUGUAAUAGAAAAGCCUCUACCUAACUAUCUCACGGAUGAGAUUAUCGAUCGACAGUUUACUGAUGUAAGACAGCCAGCAGGAAUAUCAGAUCGACAGCGUAGUAGUUUACUGAAUCCAGAUUGUUAUAGUGAGGCGGUUUGCAACCUGUGCUAUGUUGGUGAUUUGGUUAAAUUUCGCGAUCACUACGAUGAUAGCACACAUUCGAUGAGACGUAUUUUUGUUGAUUCCGCCACUCUUCAGUUUAGCCGCACUACAUCUAGGUUCACGGAAGAUUGUCCUCAUGACGGUGGAGCUUACGCUCGUCAUGGAGCAAUAGUGGAAGUGAACCUGAGCGAUGCCAUGUCGCGUUUGAUGAAAAUUGGUUCCUUCUGCUGUCCCGUCUGA